AUGGUCUUCUCGCUGGUGUAUCUGUUAACGGAGCCUCAAGGAUAUGGCGUCAGUCAGCCCGUGAGCCAGGUGCAGAACGCGUCACGGGAGGACGCAGAUGGACGAGGUGUGCAAGGCGCACUGGAGAGGAGGGAGUACACGGCCGCCCGGAGGCUGCCCCACGCACUCAUCAUCGGGGUGAAGAAAGGUGGCACCCGGGCCCUGCUGGAGUUCCUGCGGCUGCACCCGGACAUCCGCGCACUGGGCUCCGAACCGCACUUCUUUGACCGCCACUACACGCGCGGACUCGACUGGUACAGGAGCAUGAUGCCCAAAGCGCUGGAGGGCCAGGUCGUCAUGGAGAAGACCCCACGGUACUUUGUCACCACGGAUACGCCGAGCCGGGUCCACGCCAUGUCACGCCACGUCAAGCUGAUCGUCGUGGUCAGGGACCCGGUGACCAGGGCCAUCUCAGACUACACCCAGAUCAUCUCCAAGACCCCCCACAUCCCCUCCUUCGAGACCCUGGCCUUCAAGAACCACUCCACAGCCGAGGUGGACAGCCAGUGGAGCCCCCUCUGGAUCGGCCUUUACGCCCUGCAUCUCCAGCGCUGGUUGGACUGGUUCCCUUUGGAGCAAAUACACUUGGUGAGCGGGGAGCGGCUCAUCAGCGACCCGGCGGGAGAGCUGGCCAAGGUGCAGGACUUCCUGGGUCUCCAGCGAAUUGUUACAGACAAACACUUCUACUUCAACAAGACCAAAGGAUUUCCCUGUCUCAAGAAGCCAGAAGGUAGCAGCAAGCCUCACUGCCUGGGCAAAACCAAGGGCCGAACGCAUGCCCGCAUAGACCCCCAUGUGUUGAAGAGUCUGCGGGAGUUCUAUCGGCCGCACAAUGAGGACUUCUACAAGCUGGCCAGGCAGGACUUUGGCUGGCAGUGA